AUGGCUGACAGUGCCCCGGCCGCCGGCCCUGCGCCACCAAGGCAGAAGCGAUCCUUCUUCAAGAAACCCUCGUGGAAGCAGAAGGCUGACCCCGCCGACGAUGACGAUCCAACGGCCAUGUUCGAUGGCUCCAAGCAGACAUUCUCCGCCAUCAUGGAAGAGCGCGAGCGCGUUAGGGCCAAGAAGCUGCAAGAGCAGGAAGAAAGCGCGCGGAAGAGAGAGCUGGAGGAGGCCGCCAGGCACGGCAAGCGCCGCAGGACGGCUCACCAUGAGCAUCGCCCCGACGAGGAUGCGGGCGAGAGCAUGUCGGCCGAGCAGACCUUGUCACCGUGUUCCUCACCUCGGCCGCCCAAGGUUGACGCUCACUCCCUCUCGGCGCGCUAUGAAGCUGUCGCCCGAGCACGCGAAGCCAAACCCAGUCCGACUGUGGUGGUUGACCUUGGCGAUACCGACUCAGACGACGAUGCCCCACUGCCGGCCGGAACAGCGUCUACGCUAGCCACCCACACUGCUCUGACGGGCUCCGAUGAGGAGAUGGACGAGUCCGACCCCGAAAUCCGGGAGAUCAUACGGGAGGCACGGCGCGAGAAAAUACUCGCACGGCAUCGAAAUACGGCACAUGGAUCGUCUCCCAUCGAGCCAGGAAACCGGUGUAGGCCGAGCCCAGGAGCGGCGACGAAUUGCGGCACGUCGCAGCUCACCCCUGUGCCGGAUCCGCCAGUGCAGAUACUCGUCACGUCAAGAAUCCCCGACACUAAACCGCUCAUAGUCACCCGGAAGCUCUCACAACGUCUACAAGAGGUGAGGCAGGCCUGGUGCAAGCGACAAGGAUUCGACCAGGAGAUGACAGACUCGAUAUUCUUCACGUUCAAAGGCCGAAGGCUUUUUGACGUUGCGACGUGCAGGAGCUUGGGCCUGUAUGCUGAUGCUUUCGGCCGCGUGCGCAUGAAAGACAGUCUCGACUGGGACGAAAACGACAGCAAGGUCACUGUUGAGGCCGUGACGUUGUACAUUUUCAACGAGGAUGCAAAGGAGGCGCAGCGGCAACGUGAACCUGAGCCAGAGUCUGAAGUAGCGGCAGAGCCGGAGCCAAAGCGGACGAAGAUAAUAAUCAGGACGAAAGAUUUUGGCGAUGCCAAGUUCACAUGCGGUCCGGAAACCUCAUUUGAGAAGCUGGCAACGUCUUCAAUCAAUAGGUUGAAGGUUCCUGCUAGCAAGCGGCCUUAUCUACUGUUCGAUGGUGAGCGGUUGGAUCCACACGACACAAUGGCGGAGCUGGAGGAUUUUGAAGAUGGGGACGUCCUCGAGAUGCACUUCGAUUGA